UGAUGUCUUGUUUAAUAUCAAAUAAAUAUGUGAACAAUUAAAGGCUUAAGCUAAUAAUUUUGGGGAUUUUAAUCUACAUAUUUAUGACUUUUAAUUUGAAAACAUGAUUCCACUUCGGCCAUUUUGAACCCCCUGCUUGUCCAAUCCCAUUUCCGCCUACGUAGGGCGCAACCGCGUAUUCAUUCCUACCCUAAGUAGUGCACAAGUCCUCGAAAAGCGUUCAGGACCUACACCCGGCGUUCAAUUAUACCAAAACAUAUUCUUGAUAGUGAUUAGUAUAUUAAAGUGUAAUAACACGUGGGUGUACGUCGUGUAUGAGCACGAUAAGAGAGUAAAAGUGGUCAUAAUGUGCUUUUGUGCUGAAUAAAUUACUUAUUAUUUUUUUGUCAUUUAAUUGUGCACAUAGUUGCGGCCGACUUCAGUGAGGUUGGAACAGCAGCAAGGUCAUUCCAUGCCCACCUCCAGUGACUGUCACUGCUGGAGGCUUCUAGACUGCACGUCCUCACUAUCCUGGUGCUCUUAGUGGCGCUUGUCCUCCUCCUCUUCCUCCUACUACUCCACCUCUUCCUCCUCCCUCUUUGGGGACUUUUAUUCACGUGUUGUCGCGUCUCUUCACGUGUACGUCGCCAUUCGGAGAGAGCGGUCCGAGUGCGUUUACCCGUGCUCGUGUUGGUUAGGAUGCGCUAUGUCGUGUCUCUCGGCUCUCUCGGCCUGCUCCGGCUGUUAGGCGCGCCCUGGUCCUGGAGCGUGGCCGCCGGACUCGGCCUGUACCUGGGCACCGGGGGUUGGAGAUACCUGUACGUGGCCGCGCGCACCGCCAGGAGAGACCUCCAUGGUGUCCUGGUGCUCCUGAGGGUGAAGCUGGUGCUGUGGCGUCACAUGCAUAAUGGCAGCACCAUCCCCUCCAUCUUCACCCAGACUGUUGCACGGCACCCGGACAAACCCGCCCUGGUGUACGAGGUCACAGGAGAAACAUGGACCUUCUCCGAGCUGGACCAGCUGAGCAACGGCGUGGCUCAGUGGGCUCUGGGUCAGGGCUGGGGCUCGGGGGAUGUGGUGGCUCUGCUGAUGGAGAGCAGACCUCUGCAGGUGGCUCUGUGGCUCGGCCUGGCUAAAAUCGGCAUCGAGUCGGCGCUCAUCAACUUUAACCUGAGGCGAGACUCUCUAAUGCACUGCCUGGGCGUGUCGAGAUCACGGGCGCUUGUUUUUGGGGCGGAGCUUGCUGAUGCCGUGUCGGAGGUGAGAUCCUCUCUGAGUGACUCAAUGGCUCUCUUCUGCACCGGAGAGCUGAGUCCUGAUCACAUGGCCUCACUCAAAGCUCAACCUUUCGACCCGCUGCUGGCGUCUGCACCACGUCACCCUCCUUCCUGCACCCCAUCUAAGGGCUUCAGCGAUCGUUUGUUCUACAUUUAUACCUCCGGUACAACCGGACUUCCCAAAGCUGCUAUAAUUGUGCACAGUCGGUAUUUUAGAAUGGCCGCUUUUGGGUAUUAUGCAUUCGGCAUGAAGCCAGACGACAUCGUGUACGACUGCUUACCUCUCUAUCAUUCAGCAGGUAAUAUAAUUGGUGUUGGCCAGUGUUUAAUCAACGGACUGACGGUGGUGGUGAAGAAGAAGUUCUCAGCUAGCCGCUUCUGGGAAGACUGCAUUAAAUACAACUGCACUGUUGUGCAGUACAUCGGUGAAAUCUGCCGUUACCUUUUGUCUCAGCCCGUGCGCUCAUCCGAGCGUGGGCACCGUGUGCGCCUGGCUGUAGGUAAUGGGCUCCGCCCCAGCGUCUGGGAGGCCUUUACUCAGCGAUUCGGCAUUAAACAAAUCGGCGAGUUCUACGGAGCUACAGAGUGUAACUGCAGCAUCGCCAACAUGAACGGCAAGAUUGGAUCGUGUGGUUUCAUCAGCAUGAUUUUGCCGAGCGUCUACCCCAUCCGCCUAGUGAAGGUAAACGAGGAGAACAUGGAGCUGGUGAGGAACAAGGAUGGACUUUGUGUUCCAUGUCAACCAGGAGAACCCGGGCUGCUGGUGGGUAAAAUCAACCAGCAGGAUCCCCUGCGUCGCUUCGACGGCUACGCCAAUCAGGAGGCCACCAGGAAGAAGAUCGCCUACAAUGUUUUCAAGAAAAACGACUCCGCCUACUUGUCAGGUGACGUUUUGGUGAUGGAUGAACUGGGCUACAUGUACUUCCGGGACCGUGGUGGGGACACGUUUCGCUGGAAGGGUGAAAACGUCUCCACUACUGAAGUGGAAGGAACCCUAAGCAGCCUGCUGGGCCAGACGGACGUGGCAGUGUAUGGAGUCACUGUGCCAGGUGUGGAGGGAAAAGCAGGGAUGGCCGCAAUCGCCGACUGCACGGGGAACUUUAACUGUGAAUCCUUUCUCAGAGAAGUCCAGAAGGUGUUGCCUCCGUACGCUCGGCCAGUUUUUCUCCGCAUCUCCCCACAAGUAGACACUACAGGUACAUUCAAAAUCCAGAAGACCAGGUUACAGAAGGAGGGAUUUAACCCCCGCAUCACAUCAGACCGGAUCUACUUCCUGAACUCCAGAGCAGGGCGUUACGAGGCAGUAACUGGGGAAAUGUAUAAUGCCUUAGUGGAAGCUAGGAUACCUCUGUGAGACAGGAUGGGGAACAGGUAAAGCCCGGGGCAUUUUCAGGUAUCAGUUGUCGAAAUGAAAGAAAAGAAAUUAGGAUCCUUGCUGUGGAUCGUAACGCUAAAAUAUUUAGAGACGACAUUUUAACGUUUAGCACUGUCUAACUGAAUAGCACUAUGUUGAAAAAGUGGUCAUUUUUACUUUAGAGAGAAAAAAAGAUUUUUACAGCAUGAAAAAUGUGCCUUUUUCUUGCAUGGGAUGCACAUUAGAUUAAAGGGUUCCCCAACAGGUUUCUCGAUCUGUUACCAGCAAAAAGCUCUGUCUAACGUUUUUAUUUUGAGAGGUGUGUGGGGUGAUUUUUUUUUUUUUUUUUUUUUUUUAGUAAAGGAAGAUUUCUGAGGUAAUUUUUUUUCCUGAGGUCAUAUAUUGCCUGUAUAUUGGUGUUAUUUUAAUGAAUUAUGCUGAACAAAACGAUUGCGUGACUGUACCUAUACAAGACGUGAAGUAUUCUCCGGACACCAGAGCCAUUGAUUUUUUUUCUUAUUAUUUUCCUCAUUAUUCUCCUACUGAUACUGUGACACAAACACAGAACUGGCAGCACAAAUGAAUUUAGUUUGUUUUAUUUUUUUUGUCCAUUUUACCACUAGUAUUAGACACAAAUACUUUAAAAGCAAUAAAUAAAACCUCCUAAAAACAAA